CAAAAAGGAUGUGGUUGGACUAGUGACUGAACUGCUGUCUAUAUAUAAGGAUCUAUUUGACUGUUACGAGACGGCAAGCCGAGCAUCCUGCUGGUAUGAUGAGCGCUCUGCACAAAUUUCUGCUUUUUCAUGUCCUGGCAAGUCUCGGGCAAAAUGCACUGGGGAGUGAAAUAAUAAAUGGGAAAAAAGCCCCAGAGAACUCAAUGCUGUACAUGGCCUCAGUACAAACAAACAGACAACACAUAUGUGGAGGAUUCCUUGUCAGUGAAGACUUUGUCGUCACUGCUGCGCACUGUGAUGACAAGAAUCCUACAAGUGUUGUUCUUGGUACCCACAAUCUCAAGGAGGCUACUGAUGACAUGAGAUACGAUGUAAUGCGAUGCAAACACCCAGGUUACGUGAAUGUCUCAAACGGGAAUGACAUCAUGCUCCUGAAACUGUCUAGGAAAGCUCAACUAAACACCAGAGUGCAAACAAUUCAACUUCCAAUUCAUGAAAUAAACCCAAAACAAAAUGAAAACUGUCAUGUAGCUGGAUGGGGUUCCACAAGAAGUUAUGGUUAUCCUGUGGAUGUGCUGCAAGAGGUCCAAGUGCCUAUCGUUGACCUGAGGAACUGUAAGGAACAAUGGAAAGAAAUUCGACUUCCUGACAAUGUUAUCUGUGCAGGUGGAUAUGGCACAAACAAAGGAUUCUGUCAGGGUGACUCUGGUGGCCCUCUGGUGUGCAGUGGGAAAGCAGUUGGUGUUGUUUCAUUCAACAGGGGCUUCAGCUGUGACUACCCAAAUGUACCCAAUGUUUAUAUGAAUUUAUCAAAAUACCUGCCUUGGAUCAAAGAAAUUCUCAGGAAAAAGACAUGUUAAACCAAACACAGGAUUUUGUUUCAGUAUAGGAAAGAUACUGUCAUGUCUAAAUUGGUCUGAUGAGUGUUUGCUCUUUAAUGGAAACUGCAAAAUAAAAAAAUAAACAUGUUUACACACUU